AUGAGUCAAAUGAGAGACAUUUCAGUUGAUAAAAUAUUUACCUUCGAUGAUGUCGAUGAUGAACCACAUAAUGGUAAACCUAUUACUAUGAUAGAAAUAUCACCAAAUGAAAACUACUUUAUUACUUAUAGUGAAAGAGAUAGUUCAAUUGUCGGUUGGAAUGUUGAAGAUAUAAAUAAGGUUCAACUUAAAUUUGAUAAAACUGUUAAAAUUAAUCAUGGAAUCAAAAGUUUAUGUGUUUCUGAUAAUAAGAAACUUGCUUAUAUUUGUCAUGGUGAUAAUUUUGUAAUCGAUAUGGAUAAUAAAGAUAAAAAUAUUGCAUUAAGUUUUUAUGGAAGAGUUGAUGCAGAGUAUUGUACCUUUAAUUUAAAGGGUGAAUUUAUUUUAUAUAGUAAAGUUUACGCUCAUUUUACUUUUGUAGAAGAUAAAAAAAUUAUUUGGAUUUAUUCUACACAAACUAAAAAUGACAAAUGGGAAUGUAAGAGAUUUUACAAGAUACCUGAAGAUUAUGAAUUAAUAAGUAUAUCAAAAUAUGAUAAAGUUUACCUGUUUUCAAAUGAUUACAUUUUUGAAUGGAAUAUUAAUACUGAGAGAGGUGUAAAAAUAUUUGGUAAUAAUAAGGAUAAUAAUAAGUUUAUUUUUCUAAAAACCAAUGAUAAAAUUAUCGUUUAUUCAAUCGAAUUGGAAAUUCUUAUUGAUUCUUUGGAUAUAAAUGAUGAUAUUCAACUAUAUAAUUUUAUGAAUCAUACUGGUUUAUUUCUUUUACCUUCUUUAUUCUAUUAUACCCUAGAUAAAGAAAUCAAAUAUUGCUGGAUCAGUAAAUAUAAAAAUAGGUUUAAUCAAACUUUAUUUGAUGAAUCAACUGAUGAUCAAACAAAGUUUGUGUUUGGAAUUCUAAAUGAACGUGUUUGGAAAUCUAAAUUUUACGAAAAUAUGUCAAAAGUUAAAGUUAUUAAAUGUGAUGAUGAUGACAAGAAAACUUACAAACUCUUAAAUAUCCAUCUAUAUAUGGAUACUGUGUCUACAUUAUUUCAAAAAGCCACAAUAAAUGAUGAUGAUAGUGAAAAAGAAUUAACUGUAUCAACUGAAAAUUUAAUUAAAUGGGAUAUACGUGUUGAUGACGGUAAAAUUAAACUGGAAGUUUUCAAAAAAGGAAAAUUAAUUAGCAUGAGAAUUGAAAAUUAUCAUUAUCCUUAUAAAUCUGAUGAUGAUUUCCGCAAUAAUCAUAAAUUAAUUGCGAGCUCAUUAUUUAAUAACAAUGAUAUCGUUAUAUUGACAACAUUUGGUAUUCUUAUUUAUACUUUUAGUGAAAAUAACAAAUCUAGUGAUAAUGACAAAUCUAUUUUUUUAAACUAUUUUUAUUUUAUGAAAUUAGAGAAUUAUAGUUAUAGAAAUAGCAAUAACAAAUAUCUCAUUAAAAAAUAUAAAGAAUAUAUGAAAAUACUUCAACAUUACAAAAGAAUAUUUUCAAAAUCUACUUUGCCAUUACCAAAUUAUGAUAGUUUUAGAUUAGAUGGAUGGGUUUCAGAUGUAAUAAAUAAUAAGUCAAGUCUUUUGAAAUAUGGAGUUGAAUUAUUAAAAUUUGCAAUUAAAGAACAUAAGUUAGAAUUGAUUGAUGAUAUUUAUAAAAAAUGUAUGACUUAUUUUAAAGAAGAUUUAAUGAACAAUAAGUCAUUUUUAAGUAUUAUCACUUCCACAAUGCCAUUACUAAAUGAAUAUUAUCCAAAAUAUAUUAUAAAAUAUACAUCAGAAACGAAUAUGAUCAUAGAUUCAUCUUUUUAUAGUACAAAGAAUCAAAAUAAAAAUUUAAAUCUUUAUCCUUUUUUUCAAUCUCCUCAAAUAGUUAAUUUAUCUCAAUCUCUCUUAUGGACAAAGUACCACCAUAAACUUUAUUGCAUAAAGACUAAAGUCAAUUUUCCAUUAAUAAAAUAUUACAUAUUACAAUAUUUAAUGAUGUAUCAUACAUAUACUUCACAGUUCACACUGUCGGUGGCAAAAAUUACGUUUUUGACCACUCGUAUUACUUUCUUGACUUGA